CCGGCCAUGUGUUCAGUCGGUGGCUUGUCGCGCGCCGGACAGCAAUGUUUUCGUGCGUGUGUUCGUCCCGUGAUCGUUCGUGUGCACUCUCUUCCGAAACCGUGUGACAACCACUUGACUGUCAAACUUUGGAGCGUUCACUCUACAGACUAAAUGUGAUUCAAUUUUACAAUACGAGGUCAACCUAUUCGUAAUACAUCGAUUUUUCUUUAGAAUUCAUUUUAUACAAGUGACUCUACAGAUGGGUUAAUUCAAAUAGUUGACAUUAGACAAUGAUGAUAAUUAAUAUUAAUGUGGCGAUAUUUGAUACUCGAACAUCAAUGGUUCGUGAUCUAGAGUGAAUUUAGUAGACAUGCGUGAUCGAACGCUUUCUGAUUUGAUAGUUCUUGCGAUGUUCGAGAAGUAAAAACGCGGGAGGAGUGUUAUGACUGGUAUAUCUUUUACGCGUCAAAAGGAGGAGGAUGCAGCAGCGGGGUGGUUGAUAUUCAGUCGCGAGAAACGUGAAAAUCACGAGGAAGAACGGUCGGUGAAGUUUGGCGGUGGUGGGCCUCAGGCUCGUUUAUCGGUGAUUGGCGCGGGAUACGCCGGCACUGGAAGUGCUAAAAUGCCCCGUGGCCUGCCGACUAGACGAGGCCUUCAGGCUUUGGCACUUGUUCUCGCCACUGCUUACGCUACGAUCCUCCUUUAUCAAGCCAUCGCACCUCGCCAGUGGAUGGACGAGAUAGCGGUUGAGGUGAAUAGUAGAAACAUGCUAGUGGAAGUGCCGGCUUCGAGGAGGAUGCUAAUCAGCGAGGAAUCCUCGGUGACACCUGCGAUCGCGACCGCGACCAUGGCACCGUUCACUACUAAUCUCGACGAUGUUUUUAUCAGUGUUAAGACCACCAAACACUACCACCAUUCCCGAUUGCCGGCUAUCAUCAGCACGUGGUUCCAAUUCGCCAAAGAUCAGACGUGGUUCUUCACCGAUCGGGACGAUCCCUACUUCCAGAACCAAACAAACGGGCACAUGAUCAACACCAAGUGUUCGUCUUCACACAACAGGCGGGCCCUCUGCUGCAAAAUGUCCGUGGAGUUCGACAGGUUCCUCGACAGUGGUCGAAAGUGGUUCUGCCACUUCGACGACGAUAAUUACGUGAACGUGCCACGCCUGCUGAAGCUCCUGGACAACUACAAUCCGCGGGAGGAUUGGUACUUGGGCAGGCCCUCUAUACCAGCACCCCUGGAGAUCAUCAGACAAGGACCGGAACCGUCCAAGCGACCGCAAAAAGUGAAAUUCUGGUUCGCGACUGGCGGCGCCGGAUUCUGCAUCAGCCGAGCACUCGCAUUGAAAAUGACUCCUGUCGCUGGAGGUGGGAAGUUUAUCACAGUGGGUGACAGAAUUAGGUUGCCCGAUGACGUGACUAUGGGAUACAUCAUCGAGUAUCUGUUGAAAAAGCAGCUCACUGUUGUCGAGCAGUUUCAUUCCCAUUUGGAGCCCAUGAAGUUCCUCAACAAGGACACUUUCAGCGAGCAGGUGUCGUUCAGUUACUCCAAGGGGCCGAGAGACGAGUGGAACAUUUUGAAGAUCGACGGCUUUGACAUGAAGGACGAUCCAAAAAGAUUCAGGUCGAUCCACUGCCAUUUGUUCCCGCACGUACCCAAUUGCCCGCACAGAUGAUGACCACCGGAGACCGGACGACGAUGAUGACACGCCUGAAGACUAGAAGGAUGCGAUCUCUACGUUGUUGCGUUUAUUGUCUUCAAUUCUUGUAC